AUGAAUCUACAUCCAGGGUUCUAUGUAUCAAUGCUACGGAAGCAUAUACGUGACCCCAACGCCAUUGAACCUGAACGGGUAGAAGGAUUGCAGCCAAACCUUACUUACCCAGAAGGUCCAAUCAGACUUGGAGAUCGCCGAGUUCGUAAGCUGAAGAACCGCGAGAUUCCACAGAUUCAAGUAUUCUGGGGAAGACAAAACCGGCAAGUUAUCACCUGGGAAGAUGAAGAGAACUUCCGGAAGAACUACCCCGAGUUCUAUGCAGCACACAACUCUAUGGAACAAGGAGAGGCAUCAUAG